AUGAACAAUAUUCAUUGUAAAUUCGCUGCACUGCUUAUUAUUCUGUGUUUAUUUCAUAAGAGAACUUUGACUCAUGGUGUGCCCUUUGUUGAAAUCCCUUCUACUAAUAGUACGCUUAAUUUUAUUGAUGUCAUUAAAGAAAAUCAAAAAUACGAGCCCAUCAAUGAUUAUUGUGCCCUUAGAAUUGUAGGAGGCGAAAAGGCUGAAAAUUCAUUGGUUCCCUACCAGGUCGUGUUGAGAAAAAAACAUUAUGCUGGCAUGUAUUGGUCUUCAUUUUGUGGUGGGUCACUAGUUACAUUUAAGAUCGUCCUUACGGCUGCACAUUGUAUUUAUAACACCAAUCUUUGGUAUGAGGAUACAGCAGGAAAAAUGGAUUCUACAGAUGGUAAAAACAUAGGAUUUGUUAAAAGACAGGAAUUGAUUAGUGAAAGUAAGGAAAUAGAAAUGAUUGGUCAUCUUCACGGUGACAUUUUUAACCAAGAUAAAUUUUUAAUUAAUGGUGUUGAAAUGAGUGUUAAAUUGGUUCGAUCAAGAGAGAGUUUUAAUUUAAUUGUUGGAUCAAACGAUGUAAAGUUUAAAGUUUGUAUUACGGACGCAACUCUUAUUGUUCGACGAGCACGAAUUAAUCCAAGUGUAUUACUCGCACAUCAAAAAGUUUUAGCUUCUACCACUGCUAAAUAUCCUAUUACUCGAGCUGAAGUAAAAGUUUUAACAAUUCCUUCGGGUGUUCAAGGAAAAACUCUUGAUAAUAUAUUUUUAGGACAGGUACCGAAAAGAUGUCCCAUCCGCAGAGAUCGUGAUACUCGCUUAUAUAUUGAUGGUCAACAAAUACCUUCAAAAGCUUUGCAACCAUCUUUUAAUAAUAGCAUAUUUACAUCAGCAUAUCAUACUCUAUUCUCGGGAACUGGUAUUCACUUUCUUAAUGAAGGAAAUGGAAUCUCUUGUGAACAGUAUGGCAAAGGUUACUGUCUAUUAGCAUUUGCCUUAACUCCUGAUUUAUCAGCUAACUCAUCAACUCAUUGGAAUCUCAUAAAGCAUGGUAGUGUAAGAAUAGAAGUACGAUUUGAAUCCUCAUUAAUACAAACAAUUAACUGUAUAGUUUAUGCUGAGUUUGAUAAUAUUAUUGAGAUAGAUAAAAACAGAAAUGUUACUGUAGACUAUAGUAGUUAA